AUGCGAUUUCUUGGAGAUAGUUCUCUCUGUUCCAGUGGUUUGUCGCGAGAGCACUGUUUUUUAGUCUAGCGAUCGUCGUUAAUGAAAGUAAGUGCGAUUUUCUGGAACGGUCGAUUGGAUUUAAAAGUAGUAGCAGCAAUUUAACAGGACUUCAUUGAUGAUGUCAGCACAUCUUCUCGGUCGGACGCCCGUUCCACUUGGACAGCAGGAGCAUCAAGUGGAACGUACUGUUCCCCCAACUUUGCGACAGUGCAAGAAAUUCGUGGAUGAUGCACAUCAGCAAUACAUCGAAAUUCGUGGCGCAGAUGCGAGUGGUUUGCCAUAUUCGGCAAAGUUUUGGCACGGCCAUUUGUUCUGGAAACUGCACGGGGAGGAACACCUGGUGACAAUCGGGUCAGAUUAUGUGGCCCAGGUGUCGAUCGAAACCAGUGCUGAGCUGGAAAAUUCAACUAAUAUUGGGCAAGCGCGAGCAAUAUUGAUGAAACGAUUGAAGGUCAAUAGGGUUCUGCUGGACCAAACGCAAAAUCAGAUUGCACAUUUUGCUGAUUUAAUAAAAACGCAGCUGAAAGAUAUUGGUGCUGCAUGCGCAACAGAAUCCAAAAGUGUAAAGUGUCUGCUGGAUGUUAUGAGAAUAGCUGAGAAGCACUCGCAUAAAAUCGGAUUUACAUUUUGCAAGGAUUUGACAUCGAGUAAAUUAGUUUACAGCACUAGUUUGAAGGUAGCCUUCAUAAUGUAUGCGGCAGCGAAAAAUAAACUGCGAAGUAGAAGUACUUUUCAACGAAUGGCAAAGUGGUUUACUGAAUGGAGCAAAAAUAAUAGCUUUUUGCGUGAGACGUUGGACGAAGUAUUGAAUCAACACAAAAAUGUACUUUUGGGGCGCUGCUUGCCUUCAAUCAAAAGCUUAUUGGAAAAUCUCGAGCCACGACGGUGCUUGUUGUUCAGAAUAGCUGAUAUAAAGCUUUUCAGCGAUUUGGAAUGUACACUGGAUGAUACCAUAUGCAGUACAGUAUUGCCAGUAAUUGUGAAUAAUUUUAUUGGACGGGUAGCUGCUCUUAAACCAGCUGAAUUUGGUGUAUCGUUACCACUGGCAAACGAGAUCUUUUUUUAUAUAUGUAAAAGCUUAACGGAGGUGGUAUCGAGCCUUCAGAUAGCUCUUGGCAUUGAAGAAGUGGUUCAAUAUUCAGAAAAUCGAUGGGAAAUUGCAGCAUCAAUUAAGCCUCAAAGUGUGUCUGUGAUGGUGAGAUGUUUAGUAAAACAACUCGAAUAUCUGGUUGAGGUUGCAAAUCAUUUCGAGCCAGGAAAACCCACUUCAAGAACUAACUACCCUUAUCAGUUCCAAAACAAGGUGCUUGAAGGCACAGAAUCCGACAACAGUGGGCAGCAUUUGUGGCUUUGCUUAAUGGAUAUAACAGUUAUGCACAUUUUUGAAAGCGAUGUCAAACAUAUCGAACAUUUUACAGAAAUGUUCAACAUGUUUUAUAAAUGUUUGACAUCAUCAGACUCACAGUCUGAGUCACAGGAGUCCUUCCGCAUGAUAACACAUAACACGCUGGAAUUUGUAGCCCAGGCUGAGCAAUCCGGAUUUAGAUGCAGUGAGAUCGAUGGGGAGAUUCUCAAAAGGCAGAUUAGCUUUAUGAAUCAAUCCUUCUCUUGUGGUAGAUUCAGCUUCAAUCAAUAUCGGGAUGCAAUAGAUGUUUUUAAGGAUUAUCGAAAACUGAGUAACCAGUUAUUAUCUGAGCUUCCGAACAAAUUAAGAGCAAUAUUUUUGGAGGACCAAAUUGCCGAACUGCAGAAAAUGAUUUUAGACAUCCCAUUCCAAGUACUUCAAAAAAAGGUUGAUCUCAAAGAUGCCACGAAAUUCUUCAGAGUGUAUAAUGAGCUGCUUCUAGGAUUGGGUGAUUUGUCCUUUGAGUGGUAUGUGCGAAUCAGUAAUGCAGAUAUUAAAACCAAACUAAUUGAGCGGAAUGAUAUUCAAUGCGUUCAAAACCGACUAAAAGAGACUGAUAAUGAAUGUUAUUUGGUUCUAAAUUAUGACAAUUUUGCUCAAACCUGUGAAGCUGAGGGAGUACCACAGCACUAUCAAUUAAACAUUGUAUCUUCGCUAUUACAAGUUGUGAUCAACACAUUAGAGAAGCGUAGAUGGAAACGAGGAACAAAUAUGUUGACCGAUGCAGACCAGGUAAACGUUUCGAUCCAUCUAAUCAACUCUGUAAGAAGCUCUUUGGGAUAUCUAAAGGAGCAACCCGAAUACAUCGACUUUGAUAAAUAUUCCGAAGAAUCCAUAAAACCCUUCAGCAGCGUUCUUGAAGAAAGCAUUUCACCUGACAAUUUUGCAAAACGAGCUGCACUGAUCAAGAAAUCUUUUUGGUACAUUCGCAAUCAGAGAGCUAUUGGAAUAAACGAGGCGCUGGAGUUGUUCAAACAGAAAAAUUUCAAUUUCAAUGAAGGAAUGUUACGGACGAGCUUCAAACUUUACAGUGAUCACUAUGAAAAACUCAUGCGUGAUUUCGGUGACUUGGAUGAUGACGCUAAAAUCGAAAAAAUCGUAAUGGAAACUAGGGCAAGGAUUAGUUCUCAGCCAUGCUGGGAGUGGAGAGCAGAUUUCAAAACAAAGACCAUACCACACAUGCUGGCCGGCUUAGCAGCGGCCUGGUCCAUCUUGGUGUCAGAGGAUGUCUCCAGCUCAGGACAUUUCCUAAAACCACACACUAUUCAAGUUAUUAGCAUUUUAAGAUUGCUCUCCGUUGACUCCUACUCAGUCGGUGUCGAAAAUCAUCUGGCGGAAAUUCUCACUGGCCAGGGGAAGUCGGUUGUUCUGGGCCUCAUGGCGGCUGUUCUGGCGUUACUUGGCCAUGAUGUUGUGGUUGUUUGCUACAGCAAAUAUUUGGUCAGCCGCGAUUCGAAAGAUUUUCAGGAACUAUUUGAACGAUUUUCCAUCGACUCGAAAAUAUCGUACAAAACUUUCGAAAGUAUGCCAUUCGAACAAAUCGAGCCGCUUUCUAGAAAAGUAAAACAAUAUAUAAGCCAAUGCAUAGGCAUUCCAUAUGCAGGAAAAGGAGAUGCUGUUAAUAAUAAGGAUUUGAGUAAUACAGUGCUGUUGAUAGAUGAAGUUGAUGUUUUCUUUUCGGAUACUUUCUUCGGAAACACAUACGACCUUGGAUUUUUCCCUCCGAUUACAGGGCUCGGGAUGGUACAGCAAAAGAUUUGGGAACUUGCUGAAAAGAGAACAGAAAACAUUGAAGAUGUAAUAAAGAAUUAUAUCAACACGUCGGAUCACCCUGAUGUCAUGCAGCUUAAAAUGCUCUUAGACCGUCCGGAUUCGUUUAAACUUAUUCAUAAGGAAUUGGAUGUUUGCGAUGUUUUGGAUUACACGAAUGAGUCUUUAUUUUCACUUCAUUUUCAACGAAUGAUAGAAACAGCUCAAGAUAUCUAUGCUAGAAAAUUGGAUGACGAUUGGAUCGCCGAGUUCAGACUCAACGCUAAUGGCAUAAUAACGUUCAAGGACGAUUUGGGCGAGUACCGUGGAAACUAUUACAACGGAUAUAACAACAUCUUCAUCUAUUUCAAACUUCAAAAUACCAAUUUUGUACAAACCAUCAAUGGGUUCCACAACUUUGGCUACUUGAACUUACAUUUAGCAUCUUUUUCUGCUGCAAAAAUACCGGAAAAGUAUCCUCUGAUCCUUGGGGUGACGGGCACGCUGACAGGUUUGAUCGCAUAUGAAAAGGAGAUCAUUGAAAAUCACUACAAAAUCCUGCGAACAUCGAUAAUGCCAUCGUUCUUCGGCACAUCCAACCUGAAGUAUAAUCGACAAACUGACUUUCAAUGUCUUCCGGAUGAAGACAAUUGGAGACUGGCCAUAUUUAUCAAAAUCAAUGAAAUUGUCAGUGCACAACGCUCUGUAAUCGUCUUCUUUGACGAGGUAUCGAAUAUAAACGCAUUCAAAAAGGUAUUUGAAUCGAAGUUGGAUCGAUUAAACGAACUAACCAUCAAUACGGAGACCGGCUCCAGAGAGCGCUGUAUCGCCGAGUCAGGCUUCGCCCGGACCAUUACUUUGGCAACCAGUGAAAUGGGGCGUGGCGUAGACUACAAGUCCUCGCUGCCGGUGGAGCAAAAUGGCGGAGUCCAUGUUAUUCAAACCUUCUUUUUGCUAGAUGAGAAAGAAGAGACGCAGAUCAGAGGACGCACUGCUCGCAAAGAUAACCAUGGGAGCUUCGAAUUGAUUGUUUGUUAUCCACAUCUAAAUGAAUUAAAACUAGUUGAUAAGGAUGUGGGAAUAGAUGCCAUCAACUACAAUUAUUUGGACAGCUCCAGAAAGAAAUUGACUGCAGAGUUAGGUCAGGAAAAGGCAGCCAAGCUUGAGAAGGCAAAUGCGCUACAUGAGAUGUCGAUUCAGUUUUGCGAUGGUAUUUGAAUAUAUUUGAUUUGAUCUUUGUAUUACAAUUUAUAAAAACAGUUAUAUGAUAUUCCUUCAAUAAAAUAAAUAUUUCAA